UAAAUGCACGAAUUGCGCGAAAUUUUCUUAUACAAGAGGAAUCUGCGAUUCAAAUUAUAUAUUAUAAAAUUUUACCGAUCCACUAUAAUUUAUUAAGCACUAGAUUUUUUAUUAGUCCAUAAUUCAUAUUAGUGUGUUUGAAAAUGUCAAAAGAGAAAUGUUGACGGUGUUUCGGUCUCGUCGCCGCAUGUGUGAUUUUCUUAAGAAACAUCAUGAUCUAAGAUAAAUAUGAUCUCGGGGAACGCACAUAAGUAACGAUUAAGCCGAAAAAUUGUUUCUCAACAGUGUGACAGUUUAUCGAUAACGAUAGCCCUCUAAGAAAGUAUGCGAACAGCAGUGCCGCUUCAUUGACAGGUUAUAUUCGCGAAUAAAUAAUAAAUGUGAAUCGAUCGCAGUGUAGAAUCGCGAAGGAAAAAAAGGAGAACAUGUCGAGGAAGUGGUUGUCAAAUUUCGCAUUGGCCGGUACUAUUAGAUUACUGUUAAUGAACUCUGAAUAUCAAAAGAUCAUCGGCAAUCGUGUCGAGGUAUCAACCGCCCUAAACUCUUGGAAGAGAGUGACUGAGGGAGUUUACUUAUAUGAAUUCGGCAUAGAUCCUUAUGAAGGAGACCUGUUCCAUGAGACCCCAAUAGGCUUAUACGUUUUUAAGUUUAUACAGAAGUAUUUAUCUCAAUGGGCAUUAUUUCUACUGUUUGUUGUUACUGAUUUGACAACUGCUCUGUGCCUCGCCCUUACUGCGAAGCGCUAUGCUAUUGAGCUGGCAACAAAAAGGAAAGAGGGAAAGGAAGAUGAUAGGAAAUCUAUUGAUAUUUCUGGCACAUCUGCUCUGUAUGUUUCUGCAGGGUAUCUGUUUAAUCCUUAUAUAAUAUUAAACUGCGUCGGCCUAACAACGACAGUUUUUACGAAUCUACUCUAUUCGAUCGCACUAGUAUCAAUGACGAGACGUUCCAUGUUCUGGAGUUGUAUUUCGAUAGCGCUACUGACCUUGCAAGGACUCUAUCCUAUGUCGCUUAUGGUACCCGCAACCAUUUACGUUGCCAGCCCGGCAAGAAAUAGAAGGACCAGUAUCAUUACAAUGUUAAUCAUAUUUAUGAGUGUCUUAACUGCUUUAUUCAUCAUUUCCUACAACAUCAUGGGAAGCUGGUCGUUUCUACGGAGCACGAUCGGCUUCAUACUGAUGGUUCCCGACUUACGUCCGAAUAUCGGACUAUACUGGUAUUUCUUUACAGAGAUGUUUGAGCAUUUUAGAUGGCUCUUCAUUGCGUCCUUUCAAAUAAACGUCAGUUUAUUGUACAUAGUCCCGCUAGCAUUGCGAUUACGUCGCGAUCCGAUGUUAUUAGCGUUUUCCUAUUUAGCGAUAGCUGCCAUAUUUAAGUCCUAUCCUUGUAUAGGAGACGUCGGCUUUUAUAUAUCUCUACUACCUUUGUGGAAGCAUUUGUUUCAACAUAUGCAACAGGGAUUUAUUGUAGGUUGUUUUCUACUAUUUUGCACAGUAUUUGCGCCGACCGUGUGGCAUCAGUGGAUAUAUUCCAGAUCGGCGAAUGCAAAUUUCUAUUUCGGGGUAACUCUGGCAUUCGCCAUAGCACAAAUCUUCCUUCUUACAGAUAUCUUAUUCGCCAGUGUGAAACACGAGUUCGCAAUUCAACAUGGUAUCAAUAAGAAGGUUAAUGGAAAUGAGGCUAAAUUGCUACUUGAAUAAAAAUAAGAUGCUUUUUCAAAUAUUUAUAAUACUUUUUGUCGAUGAACAAUGAUACCAAGUAAUACAAUAUUUCUGAAGCAUUUGUUUCAUAAGAAUAAAUAGUUUUUUACAAAAAGUGUUUUUAUUUAGCAGAUCAA